CAAAUUUCACUUGAAUUUUUUUUUCUUUCCCCCUCAAAUUUUCAUCUUCCCAGUCUUUCACUCGGUAUUUUUUUUUCCUUUCCCCCCAAAUUUUCCACUUCUCCGUUCGCUGUUCCAUUCAAAAAAUUCAACCUCCCCGGCGAUUCACUGCUCCGUUCUCGCCCGGUUCUUCUGUCGAAUUUUCCACUUCCCUGUGUUCGUUGCUUCGCGCCCGCUGCUCCGUCCGUCUGGCGAAUCAGUCGGCAAUUGACCCCGGAAACUCGACCUCCGUUCGCUCCUCAUCCGGCUAUCGGUCGACGCCGGCUUUCCGAGUCCACUGGACCAAAAUUCCUCACCAAUCGCUUUUUUUACACCUCCAUGGCCGAAACCCUUUAAAUCCAUUCCCAGGCUCGAGCCCAAUCCUAGCCUGAAUAGGGUGCAAGAAGAUGUUCACAGAUGGAUUUUCUGGACCAUCCAAAAGCUGCACAGAUAAUGAUUUGGAUGAUCUAGUUGAGAACAACUUGCCAAGCUCGUCAGCCAAGAAAGAAAGUAAGUUGGCAAUGGCUGAAAUCAACAAACUGCUGAUGGAGUACCAUGCUGUUAAACUGAAAGUAACAACAGGCAGCUCAGACUUGUACUUCCUUAGGAACACAAUGAGCUGGCCGAAAAGGCAAUGGGCCUGCAGCAUACACGAAGGCCUCGUAAUUGGGCCCGACAAUCCUCUUGCCCUCAUAACAAAGUGGGGCCCCAUAGAGGGGAUGGUUCAGGAAAGAGUGGCCCAUCUUAAAACCCUUGAGCUGCCCGUAAAAGUACCCAUUUUUGUCGGUCUCGAAUGCCUUGUAGUAGCUGAUUCGAUUCCUGUGGUCCUUGCAGCCGAUGCUUACCGUAGUAGUCUAGAUGGGAUUGUCUCCGUCAACAGCCCAAGUCCCGUAUUUUCAUGCGAAAAAUAUUGUGCUUGA